AUAUGCGACAUGACAUUAAUUCCCGUCAAAGAGGCGAUUAAUAUUCCAGCUGAUGUUCAGUCUCUUCACGCGCGGUGAUGCUUAAGCGCAUAACGUCAUCCCGAGCAGAGCAACGCGCAUGCGCACGAGCGGGCGCUGAGGACGGAGAACAGCUGUACCGGAGGCCACAAUGCGACUGGCGCUCUGGGCUCCUGCCUUGAUUCCCAUCCGCAAUGGCUGCGCAGAAUGAUCCAGAGAGCUCGUACUAUGCGCUCCUCUAGACCCGCAAACAGAAGAGCACAAGCGGAGCCGACUCAAAAUGAGCACCGGAUUCAGCUCGAGCUCCUGCCGCUUCGCGGAUUAUUUCGUGGUCUGCGGUCUGGACACCGAGAGCGGCUUAGAACCAGACGAGCUGUCCGCUUUAUGCCAGUAUAUACAGGCUACUAAAUUCAGAGAUGGUGCCAGAGGAAAGUUGGCGAGUGCAAACGAAGGUGAAAAUUUUGAGCAGAGUCCACUGCGGAGAACUUUUAAAUCUAAAGUUCUAGCGCACUAUCCAGACAAUGUGGAGUGGAACCCUUUUGACCAGGAUGCAGUGGGAAUGCUCUGUAUGCCAAAGGGCCUGUCCUUCCGCACUCAGACAGACAUCCGCGAGCCACAGUUCCACUCCUUCAUUAUCACGAGAGAGGACGGCUCCCGAACCUACGGCUUUGCCCUCACCUUCUUUGAGGAGGUGACCAGCAAACAGAUCUGCAGUGCCAUGCAGACACUCUAUCACAUGCACAAUGCAGAACAGUACGACAUCCUGCACACGCCACCCACACCUCGCAGUCCAGAAGACCACCGUCUCACCCCUCAACAACUGCACGCCGCCCCCUCCAUAUCCAGGUUGCAGCGCUUCAACUCCUAUGACAUCAGUCGAGACACACUCUACGUAUCCAAAUGCAUCUGCCUGAUCACGCCCAUGGCCUUCGCCAAUGCCUGCAGAAAGGUUCUCGAACAGCUGCACCAGGCCGUCACCUCGCCUCAGCCCCCGCCGCUGCCGCUAGAGAGCUACGUCUACAACGUCCUCUACGAGGUCCCGCUGCCACCGGCCGGGCGUUCCUUGAAGUUCUCGGGCGUAUACGGGCCAGUGUUGUGUCAGAGACCCAGCACGAUCGAGCUGCCCCUCUUUGACUUCCCCCUGCAAGAGGUGUUUGAGCUGCUGGGGUUGGAGAACGUGUUACAACUCUUCACCUGUGCACUACUGGAGAUCCAGAUCCUUCUGUACUCGCAACAUUACCAGCGGCUGAUGACGGUGGCGGAGAGCAUCACGGCCUUAAUGUUCCCCUUCCAAUGGCAGCAUGUGUACGUGCCCAUCUUGCCCGCUUCGCUGCUCCACUUCCUGGACGCUCCUGUGCCCUACCUCAUGGGUCUGCACUCCAACGGCCAGGAUGACCGCACCAAGCUGGAACUUCCUCAAGAGGCCAACCUGUGUUUUGUCGAUAUUGACAACCACUUCAUCGAGCUACCCGAGGACCUGCCUCAGUUUCCCAACAAGUUGGAGUUCAUCCAGGAGAUCUCGGAGGUGCUGUUGGCGUUCGGCAUGUCUCCGGAGGCAAACCCACAAUGCAGCGAGGUCCAAAGCAAGAUCAGGGGCUUCCGCUCAGGUGACAUGUCCUCUGACAAACGCAACGGCAACCUGGCCGGCUCGCCGCUCAACUCGUACUUACUGAGAGAAAACCAAACCAUAGCUCGUCUGCAGGCGCUGGUCAAGAGGACUGGAGUCAGUCUGGAGAAGUUGGAUGUGAAGGAGGACACGAGCACUAAUAAGGAUUCGAAAGUGCAGUGUGAUGAAGAUGAGAUGAAAAUGCAUCAGCUGAACAUUCGGGUGCGAGAGGUCUUCGCCAACCGCUUCACGCAGAUGUUCUCUGACUAUGAGGUGUUCGUCAUUCAGCCCAGCCAAGACAAAGAGUCCUGGUUCAGCAACCGAGACCAGAUGCAGAACUUUGACAAGGCCUCCUUCCUGUCGGAUCAGCCAGAACCUUACCUGCCAUUCCUGUCUCGCUUUCUGGAGACGCAGAUGUUUGCCUCUUUCAUCGACAGUAAGAUCCUCUGCCACGAUGACGAGGACAAAGAGCACACGCUGCGAGUGUUUGACUCCCGUGUUGACAAGAUCCGCAUGUUAAAUGUCAGGACGCCCACCCUGCGGACCUCCAUGUACCAGAAAUGCACCAAUAUUGAUGAAGCAGAAAAGGCCAUCGAGAUGAGACUGUGUAAGAUCGACCACACGGCUCUGCAUCCCCACCUGCUGGACAUGAAGAUCGGUCAGGGCCGCUAUGAGCCGGGCUUUUUCCCCCGCUUACAGUCCGAUGUGCUCUCCACUGGACCCACCAGCAACAAAUGGGCGAAGCGCAGUGCACCAGCACAAUGGAGGAGGAGGGACAGACAGAAACAGCACACUGAACAUCUCUAUCUGGACAAUGACCAGAGAGAGAAAAAUGAAGCCAAAAUAUCCCAGAAAUGGCCGCUGUGCGCCGAUGACGUCAUUUGGAGCCAGAGUCUGCGCAGUAGUGAUCCUGAGAAAUACAUCCAGGAGGCCAGGAACCUUGGCACCACUCUCCGCCAGCCCAAACUCUCCAACCUGUCUCCUUCAGUCAUUGCACAGACCAAUUGGAAGUUUGUAGAGGGACUGUUAAAGGAGUGCAGAAAUAAGACGAAGCGCAUGCUGGUGGAGAAGAUGGGACGGGAAGCGGUGGAGCUCGGCCACGGGGAGGUUAGCAUCACUGGCGUGGAGGAGAACACGCUCAUCGCCAGCUUGUGUGAUCUGCUGGAAAGAAUCUGGAGCCAUGGUCUGCAGGUCAAACAGGGAAAAUCCGCCUUGUGGUCGCACCUCUUACAUUAUCAAGAGAGUAAAGAGAAGAGAGACGCUACUCCAGCAGGCCUCGGUCCUCCUGGUAUCAUUCAUGACACGGAGAGACGGAAGUCGGAUGCUGGCUGUGCAAUGCCUCCUCUCAAAGUCUCCUUGAUCCAGGACAUGAGGCACAUCCAGAACAUCAGUGAGAUCAAGACAGAUGUUGGGAAGGCCAGGGCAUGGGUGCGUCUCUCCAUGGAGAAGAAACUGCUGUCCAGACACCUGAAACAACUGCUGUCAGACCAUGAGCUCACCAAGAAACUCUAUAAGCGCUAUGCUUUCCUGCGCUGUGAUGAUGAGAAGGAGCAGUUCCUCUACCAUCUCCUCUCUUUCAACGCUGUGGACUACUUCUGCUUUACCAAUGUCUUCACCACAAUUAUGAUACCAUACCAUGUGGUCAUCAUCCCCAGUAAGAAACUCGGUGGCUCGAUGUUUACGGCCAACCCCUGGGUGUGCGUCUCAGGAGAACUAGCUGAGACCGGGGUCCUGCAGGUCCCCAAAAACACUCUGGAGAUUACGUUCGAGUGCCAGAACCUAGGGAAGCUGACCACCAUACAGAUGGGCCAUGAUAACUCAGGGCUGUAUGCUAAGUGGCUAGUGGAGUGCGUAAUGGUCCGCAAUGGGAUCACAGGGCACACUUACAAGUUUCCGUGUGGCCGUUGGCUGGGUAAAGGAGUGGAUGAUGGCAGCUUGGAGAGGAUACUGGUGGGCGAAUUGGUGACUAACACAGAGAACGAGGAGAGAAUGUGCCGGACUCCUCCAAUGCAGCAAUCCCCCGGGAUGAUGCGUAGAUUUGUCACCAUUUCGCCAAACAGCAAACCAAAGUUAAACACGGGCCAGAUCCAGGAAGGUGUGGGAGAGGCGAUCAAUGGUAUCGUCAAACACUUCCAUAAGCCAGAAAAAGAGAGAGGAAGCCUCACACUGCUUUUGUGUGGAGAGUAUGGAUUAGUAUGGGCUCUAGAGCAGGUGUUCCAGCAUGGAUUCAAGUCGCCGCGCCUUUUCAAGAACGUCUUCAUUUGGGACUUUCUAGAAAAAUCACAGGUUUACUUCGAGAGUGCGGAACAGAGUCAGAUGACCCAGGACGAGAACUGGCAGAUGAGAGUGCGUCAUUUCUGCCAUUUCAUGCGCGCCAUCAACAGCACACCCAGAAACAUCGGCAAAGACGGAAAGUUUCAGAUGCUCGUGUGUCUCGGGGCCAGAGAUCACCUGCUGCACCACUGGAUCGCGCUCCUUGCCGAGUGUCCAAUCACAGCACAGAUGUACGAGGACACGGCGCUCUUAAAGGACCAUUCUCUGGUGAACUCUCUGAUUCGAGUGUUACAGACUCUGCAGGAAUUCAAUAUCACUCUGGAGGCCUCUCUCGUCAAAGGGAUCGGGAUCUAACGCCGCCUGAAUAUACAACUAACAGAUCAGCGGGGACCAUGGACUAACUUUUUUUUUUUACACGGAGAGACUUGAACAAAAGGACUUAACCUGGCUUACGUUAAAGCUACUGUCAUGUUUGCCAUAUAUUAAGUGCAAUGAGCCUUUUCAAGCGUGUCAUAAUUUUUAUCAACUGACAUUCAAAUAUGUCCUCUAUUUUGAUCCAUACUUUUCCGGAAAGGUGAAAACUCCCAACCCCGUGCUAUACCGUUUUAUUGAAAGCUCAAUAUUUUUUGUUGUUGUUGUGGACUGCUGACAAUGGCUAUAUUUAAAAGGGAAACGUGUAAGAAAAACUGUUAUUAUAUUUUCAGAGAAGAACAGUGUUAUUUUGAUAUGUGUCGGGUUGCUUGCUCUGUGCUCUAAUCUAAUCCAUACUGUCACAAUGCAGAGUUUGAAGCAAAU